UGAGUGUGAGCAAGCAUGUCAGGCUCGCUUGAAUAGAAGCUGACUUAGGUGGAUCUGUCUCGCAGUAUUCACUACAUGUGCUCAUCGGAGGUUUCCAAAAUAUUGUGUUAAAUGGAGCUGGAGGACCAAUGGUGGAAAGGACAACUCGCUGCAGAUAUCUACCAGUCGCUCCGAUACAAAGAGCUCAAGUUGCCUUCCUACAAAGCCCAGUCCCCUCAGCUCAACUUGAGACAAUACUUUGCAGACCUCAUAGCCAUCGUCAGCAACCACUUCAGGCUGUGUCCAGCAGCCAGACACCUGGCCGUCUACCUGCUGGACCUCUUCAUGGACCGCUAUGAUCUCACGGUGCAGCAGCUUCACAUGGUCUCACUCUCAUGUCUUCUUUUGGCCAGCAAAUUUGAGGAAAGGGAGGACCGGGUGCCCAAGCUGGAGACCCUGAACAGCCUGGGCUGCAUGAGCUCCAUGAACCUGGUCCUGACGAAGCAGGUCUUACUUGACAUGGAGCUGCUCCUGCUGGAAACCUUCCAGUGGAACCUGUACCUCCCUACAGCCGCUCAUUUCAUAGAAUACUGCCUGUCUAUCGCUGUGCACGAGGGAGACCUCCGUGAUGGCUGGCCUAUGACCAGCCUGGAGAAGACCAAACUAUACAUGGCCAAGUAUGUUGAUUACUUCCUGGAGGUUUCCUUGCAAGAUCAUGUGUAUUUGUGUUUUGCCCCCUCACUGGUGGCAGCUGCUUGUGUGGCCACCUCCCGCCUCAUCCUCCACCUGUCCCCUACAUGGCCACCCCGACUGCAGCGCCGGACAGGCUACACAUGGGAGAACCUAGUCCCAUGUGCUGAGAAGCUGCUCAUUGCACAUGACAGUGACGUCAAAGAGGCCAGCAAGCAAAAGUGCCAGCAGCCUGGCCAGCAGACGCAGCAGCAGCAGCAGCAGCAGGGCCAGACAGCGUACCACGGUUCAGGCCAGACAGCCACUGUGGCCCAGUACCUGCACCGGCCCAGCAUGCAGUAUCCCCAGCACGCUCAGCAGCCGGGCCUGGCCCCCAACCACAGGCCCGCCUCCUACCUCGGCCACUCCACCACCAGCCUGCAGGCUCCUAACGGCCCCCAGCACAGAAACACCCAGGCCAUCACUACCUCGCUGGAUCCAAAGUCCAACAUUCCCAGCAGAGCUUACCAAGUCAGCAUGCACUACACCUGCUCUGCUCCGUACUUUGACAGAUGAUGGAGUUUCAGGAUGCGGCCAUUUUUGGGGAGUAAGAGAUGUGAUCUGUUUUCUCUUGAACAUAGAAAUACACUGAAGGAAAAAUGGUGUUUUUAAUUUGAAGAGACUUGAUGAGUUGGUCCAGCACUUUGAGCCGUACGCAUUGUGCAAUAUUCAUACUCUGUUGUAAGUUUCUGUGGAGAGCCAGUAUGAGGAUUUUUUGUUUGUUUGUUUGUUUGAGAAAUCAAAUAUGAAUGUUGUUAUAAGGUGGCUAGAGGCAGAGUUUGCACCUCUUUGCCCACUAAUGUUACUGUAUAAUUUAGCUACAGACCAAAAGUAAGUAGUGUUAUUUUGAGCCAAAUUACCUCAGAAGUAUUGAAUGCACAAACCACUCUGUGGUUGAGAUGAGAGAGCACAGUUUGUGUUAGUGUUCUGUUUUGGGUUUUUCUUUGAGUGUCAUUUGUAAAACUAAGAAAGAACAUAGAUGUCAGUUUCUUUGCA